CGAGCUGAGCCGGGCGGGGCCGCGGCGGUGCACCAGCGGUGGCCCGGGCAGGAGGAGGGCGGCUUCCGCGAGGGCAGCCUGAGGUCUUAAAAAUUGUCAGCAAAACUGCUGAACAACAGACAUCCUAAGAGGAGAUAUUUUUCACCUCUACAAUGAAGAAAAGCAGGAGUGUUAUGGCAGUGGCGGCUGAUGACAAUGUUAAAGAUUAUUUGGAAUGUAGCUUGAGUAAAUCCUACAGUUCUUCUAGUAACACACUUGGGAUUGACCUCUGGAGAGGGAGAAGGUGUUGCUCAGGAAACUUACAGUUACCACCACUGUCCCAAAGACAGAGUGAGACAGCAAGGACUCCUGAGGGAGAUGGCAUUUCCAGACCAACCACACUGCCUUUGAGGACACUUCCCAGCAUUGCUAUCACAACUGUAAGCCAGGAGUGCUUUGAUGUGGAAAAUGGCCCUUGCCCAGGUCGGAGCCCCCUGGACCCCCAGGCCAGCUCUUCCUCUGGGUUGGUGCUCCAUGCCACCUUUCCCGGGCACAGCCAGCGCAGAGAGUCCUUUCUCUACAGAUCAGACAGCGACUAUGAUUUGUCACCAAAGGCGAUGUCACGAAACUCUUCACUUCCAAGCGAGCAACAUGGCGAUGACUUGAUUGUAACACCUUUUGCCCAGGUCCUCGCCAGCUUGCGGAGUGUGAGAAACAACUUUACUCUACUGACAAACCUUCAUGGAGCAUCCAACAAGAGGUCCCCAGCUGCUGCUAGUCAGCCACCUGUCUCCAGAGUCAACCUGCAAGAAGAAUCUUAUCAAAAAUUAGCAAUGGAGACGCUGGAGGAAUUGGACUGGUGCUUAGACCAGCUAGAGACCAUCCAGACCUACCGCUCUGUCAGUGAGAUGGCUUCGAACAAGGUAAGAGAUGACCGGUUUAUUCUUGAAAGCUCCCCCGCUCCCCUGGGCUCCCCUGGCCUCUGCCUGAGGCAGAGGUGCAUCCGAGGACGCCGGCGGUCAGAAUGA